UCCCAAUACAAGAGCUAGACUCCACGGCAUUGGUAUCACUGUCAAGUUUCGAUAUCAGGGUUGCUUUAACAGCUAUCAGCCCAAUCACCACAUUUCAAAUUCGAACGCUUGUCAGGAAACGCGCUAUUUAGAAAGUUGUGUGUAAUGGAUGUUUACACAUUUGACAAAUCCUUCUUGGAACGCCUUAGGGAGGCCGAGGCUGUCCUAUCAUGGGAUGGGGCCGUGAUGCCAGCCUCACAGGUAAGAUCCGAGUGGAAGUCCUUUGUGGAGCUACAAAUUGAGCCAGCAGGCUGGCAGGCAAUUUGGAAAAUACCACGCGUCAUUUGCGAAGACCUAAAGCUGCGCUAUCCAACUAUUGUAUAUGGGAGCGUCGAUCAGGUCAUAUUUGACGAACUGAAGGCGGUUUUUUGUGUGACCGCUGUGCAGGACAAUGAUGUGCACCUGCCGGAACGGAAUGAGGUGUCGCUCAUCGAGCUGUGGCCCACCUUGCAGCAGGAGAAUUCAGCAUUAAAUGUGGAUACAACAGCGGAGUGCAUCGAUCGCUUGCGUUUCUUCUACACGCACGUCUGGCUGCCGUGGGACAAGGAUCACGAUGACGAUCGCGAUUGGGUGCAAAUGCAUUUGCAGGCGCGAAUUCAACUGGCGUGUGAUCUGAGCAAGAACAAACUGCCACGCACACUGGCUUUGCAUAUACGUACAUUGCUGAUGGAAGCGCGUUACAUUCAGCAGCGCCUGGAGUUUCUUGAGCUGGACCUCAGCGACGCCGAGGAGGAGAGUGAAGACGAAGCACUGGCACUAAGCGAUAAUGCAGGUGGCGCUAAAUCUAAACGUACCACCAAUUCCCCAUCUCAAAAGCAGGCUAAUAUCAGCUUAAACAAAUCCAACUUGCCAGUAACCGAUUUAAUGUGCCUACAUCUGCGUCUAGCCAUCAUUCGUAGCGAAUUCGAGAUACUUGAGAAUCCAGAGAUGCGUCGUGCCUACAGUGAGCUGCAAUCGCAUACCUUAAAGCGUCAGCUGCUGCACCGCGGAUCUGGCAAUGCGGACAACUUAAGAAACGAUGCCCACACUUGCUAUUUGGUCACGCAGCCUAGCGAGCUAAGCCAACAGCUAGACCUUCUAACGCUGGCCAAGCAGUAUGUGAGGCCAGAAACUUUGGUGCAAUUGGGGAAUAACUUACAGGACGUACUGAGCAUUUGCAAGCCCAAUGACAAUAUUUUGCUCGCACCCGGUCUGCACACCAUUAAGUUCCUGGAACAUCUCAACGAUAAUGGCAGCAUUAAGGGCUUAGUUGAGCCAGGCGCCGCUGUUUUGGCCGAAACGGAGAAGACACCAAACGAUAAACUGGCCACUGUCUCCUCCAGUGAUGAGGACAGUAUUCUGAUGGUUAUAGAUGGCGAUUACACUUUGUCGCAUUUACUGCUCGAUUGUCGAAAUGUGCGUCGCGGCAUUCUUUUGCGUGCUGGAACGCUACUUCUAGAUGGCUGUCGCCUUAUCGGGGAUGGAUGUUCCAGCACCCAGGAGGGCAUUGUUUGUAUGCCGCAGGCCAAGCUCCUCCUACAGGGCUGUGUGAUUGAAAGCUUUGCAGUCGGUGUUUCUCUGCAAGCACAGUCCAGCGCAGAGUUUAACGAUGUUAAGCUGAAGAAGUGCACUACGGGCUUAGAGGUGUUGGACAAGUCGGUUGUUGUGAAUUUGCAGGGAAGUAAUUGCCUUUUUAAAGAUUGCAAAUUCGGCAUUUUGGCUGAUAAUUAUCAGCUGCCUGAUAGCAGUGAGAAGACGAUGACGCUGGCGCGGUACAUUGAUCUAAAAAGCUACAAUAAAAGUAAUUUGAUGGGCAGCUGUGAAUUUAGGAACUGCCAGCGAAAUGUGCGAGUUCUAAACGAAUCAGACCAGCUAUCGAAGCGCACGUAUAAAUGUCUGCUUGAGGACGAUCUGGCCGGCGAGAAUAAAGAGAAUAUCAAUUAGAUUUGAGCUUGUUAUUAAGGUAUCAAAAGCAAUGCAUUUAUAUUUUAAGUUAGGAGCUCUCGUCUGAUAUAUACACAAUAAUUUCAUGCUUAUUUCAAUAAAUAUACAAACGCUCUCAAAUAGAAAGGGAGUUUCCAGUA